UCGUGUGUCCACUCCGCAUAGAAUCAUAUCAACAUGGCAGGAAUGACCUUACCCGACCCUAUCAAGAAUCCAAAAGUCAAGUAUACAAAGCUUUUCAUCAACAAUGAGUAUGUGAAUUCUGUCAGCGGGAAAACGUUCCCCACUCUGAACCCAAGUACAGGAGAAAAAAUAGCCAGUAUUCAAGAAGGAGACAAGGCCGACAUUGACAAGGCAGUGAAAGCCGCUCAAGCUGCAUUUCAGCCCAAAACACCAUGGCGCUUGAUGAACGCCAGUCAGAGAGGCGUACUCCUGAACAAACUGGCUGACUUAAUGGAGAGGGACAGAAUAUAUAUAUCGAGUCUGGAAACCUUGGACAAUGGAAAACCGUUCAGAGAUAUGUAUAUGAACGACAUGACGAUGGCGAUCAAUACGUGCCGAUAUUACGCUGGCUGGACAGAUAAGAUCAUGGGAAGAACCAUCCCUGUCGAUGGGCCAUUUUUCUGCUAUACAAGACACGAGCCUGUGGGAAUAUGUGGACAAAUAAUUCCAUGGAACUUUCCUGUACUCAUGUUGAUGUGGAAAGUAGCGCCUGCUCUGGCUUGUGGCAAUUGUAUUGUGCUGAAGCCCGCCGAACAAACGCCAUUGACCGCUCUGUACAUGGGAUCUCUCUUCAAGGAGGCUGGUUUUCCGCCAGGGGUUGUCAAUAUAGUUGCCGGAUAUGGUCCGACCGCCGGUGCUGCCAUCUCGAGUCACACGGGCAUUAACAAAGUCGCAUUCACUGGUUCUACGGAGGUCGGAAAACUCAUUAUGAAGGCUGCUGCCGAUUCCAAUCUGAAGAGAGUUACAUUGGAGCUCGGAGGCAAAAGUCCCAACGUUAUUUUCGCAGAUGCAAACUUGGACUUUGCAGCAGAGAUGUCCCACCAAGCGUUGUUUUACAAUCAAGGCCAAUGCUGCACAGCAGGGUCGAGAACCUAUGUCCAGGAAGAGAUCUAUGAGGAUUUCAAGGACAGGCUUGUCAACAGAGCUAAAGCCCGAUCUGUUGGAGAUCCGUUUGAUCCACAAUUUGAGUCAGGACCACAGAUUGACGAAACACAGUUCAAGAAGAUCUUGUCGCUUAUCAAAAUCGGAGAAAAAGAAGGUGCCAAAUUGGAAUGUGGUGGGAAAGCAAUCAAAGGCAAAGGCUACUUCAUAGAGCCAACAGUGUUCUCGGGGGUCACAGAAAACAUGACCAUCGGCAGGGAGGAGAUUUUCGGGCCUGUUCAGCAAAUAAUAAAAUUUAAGGACAUGGAGGACUUGAUUGAGAAAGCCAACAACACAGCAUAUGGACUGGCUGCUGCCAUAUUCACAAACGACCUUGAGAAGGCAAUAACCUUUAGUAAUAAUGUAAAGGCUGGAUCUGUGUGGGUGAAUGCCUAUAAUGUCAUUUGUCCACAAAGUCCAUUUGGUGGGUUCAAAAUGUCGGGAAUAGGGCGAGAAUUGGGAGAAUACGGACUUCAACAAUAUACAGAGGUCAAAACAGUACUGAUGAAUCCGAUGGCUAAAAUUUAGGUUUACCCGUGGAUAUGAUACAGAGGAGCCAAAUCAGUGAAAGGUGAAAUCACAAAAGAUCUAGACAAUGUCUUUAAUUGAUAAAGUACAUCAAAGCCGUAUAGAAGUAGUGCCUAGACAGAACGCCAGCAGACGUUUCGCCAAAUUCCACAAAAAUACAGGAAACUUCUGUCGUAUAUCUUUAUCUGGCAGGUUUUGUUUUAAAUACAGUGUGUAAAUAAUGUAA